AUGCUAUCGAUCAAGUUAUUAUUACCUGUCUUCAUCAUUGUUGGAUUUAUCCAUCUUAUACGUCUCCAUAAUAAUGUCAUCUCUUCUUUGAAACCAUCAAAAUUUGAUCUGUCCCAGAUCCGCAAUCUUACAUGGAAUGACAUCAACUUUCUCCACACUACCGAUACCCACGGGUGGUACUCGGGUCAUUUAAAUCAAAAACAAUAUAAUGGGGAUUGGGGUAAUUUUAUAUCAUUUGUAACUCAUAUGAGACGCAAGGCACACCAACAGGGUCAAGACUUUUUAUUAGUUGAUAGUGGCGAUCGUCAUGAUGGCAAUGGACUUUCUGAUAUUACUAAACCAAAUGGAAUAAUCUCGACUCCAAUUUUUAUUAAACAAGAUUAUGAUAUUGUUACUAUUGGAAAUCAUGAAUUAUAUGUUUGGGAGAAUUCAAAACAAGAAUUUGAACUUGUAGCUGGACAUUUUCCUGAUAAUUAUAUAAGUUCAAAUGUUGAAUUUGGAUUGGAGAAUGGAACGUUUGUUCCAUUUGGAAAGAAGUAUAGAUAUUUUAGAACUCCAAUUCAAGGUAUUAGGACUUUAGCAUUUGGAUUUUUGUUUAAUUUUGAUAGAUUUAAUAAUGGGACUAGAGUUACACCUAUUGCUAGGGCAAUAAAGCAAGCAUGGUUCAAAGAGGUUUUGGAAACAUACAAGGAUAAAGUUGAUUUGAUUGUUAUUGCUGGUCAUACUCCAAUAACUCGUGAAUGGCCCGAGUUUCAUAUUUUACAUUCAGCCUUAAGGGAAUACUAUCCAAAUACGGUCAUUCAAUAUUUUGGAGGACAUAGUCACAUUAGAGAUUUUGUUGUAAUUGAUAAGUUAUCUACUGGAUUACAAAGUGGUAGAUAUUGUGAAACCGUUGGAUGGACAAGUAUUAAUAUACAAGAUAAACAAGGCUUAGAAGUUAGAGAUAGAUUUUCUAGAUCAUAUAUCGAUUUCAAUUUGCAUUCAUUUUUACAUCAUACUGACAAGACAGAAGAUGAAUUUCAUACAAAGAAUGGUGUUUCAUUAUCCCAAUAUAUCGUCGAUACUAGAGACGAAUUACAAUUGAAUAGCGCUAUUGGGCAUGUCAGACAUAGCAACUAUUACGUUGAUUAUGUCCCACUCGAUCACCCAAGCAAUAUCUUUAACCUUUUGACAAGCAAGAUACUUCACACUUUAGAACCAGAUAAGGAUGUUCAACUGGAAGAGGAGCGUAUAGUUAUUAUCAAUACUGGAUCAAUCAGAUACGAUUUAUACAAGGGGCCGUAUACCAUUGAUUCACAAUAUAUUGUAUCUCCUUUUGAAAAUUUAUGGGUUAAACUUACAGUUCCAAAAUCUAUUGGAUCAAGAGUAGCUAAGAUUCUUAAUGAUGAUGGAUAUAUCGUCCAAGGUGAAGGACCAGAGAAGCCGCUGCAAAUCGACAAUAGGAGAUUACUCCCACCUCAUCAUUACUUUAAUUCUAUGAAAUUACAACAGAAACGAGAUCAGAUUCCAUUUGAUAUGGAAGUAGACGAGCGAUUAUCGAAGGGUUACGUAACUCAUGAUGAUUUUGGACAGGAUGGAGAUGAUACAGUUCAUAGAGCGGUUGUAAACUAUCCAAUACCGAAUGUGGUUGAAAGUGUUCAAGUACUUAAGACUGAAGAGGAUACUGAUAUCGAUUUGGUUUUUUACAAUUUUAUUACACCAAAUAUAUUAUGGGCAUUGAAUGAAUUAAAAUAUACAACUAAUGUUACAGUACCAGUAACAUAUUCCCUGAAAUACUUGGGAAUAAUUUUAAAUGAAUAUAUCCAGAAUUUUGAAAUUUAG